AUGCGCUUCUUCAGCCCCCUCGUCUUGCUCUUGCCGCUCGUCGCUGAGGCCUUGUGCCGGUCUGGGUCCGGGCCAUUCCAGCGUGGCCUCAUUUGGGGCGUCAACAACGACAUCCUCAAUGGCCUCGACCUGGGCGAUCUCAUCACCUUCUACCUCCAUUGGGCCGAUGGCCCCGUCCCGGAGCUCGACAAGCAGAACGUCGACUUCGUGCCGAUGCUUUGGGGCCGCCAGAAGCUUGACCAGUGGAGGCAGCGCAAAAAGGAGAUGGCCAAGAAGCGUCCCAAGUUUGUCGCCUUUUUGAACGAGCCCGACAUCGCCGGCCAGGCCAACAUGAGCCCGCAGGACGCCGCUGACCUCUUCAGGCAAGAGAUGCAGCCGCUGGCCGACCAGGGCAUCCAGGUAUCGAGCCCCCAGAUCUGCUGGAACAUCCAGUGGCUGCAGGAGUUCAAGAAGGCUUGCCACGACUGCAGCAUCGGCUUCGUUGCGGCCCACUGGUACGGCGACAAGGGCGACUUUGACAAGCUGCAGAAGUACGUCGACGACCUCUCGGGCGUCUACCCUGGCCUGCCCAUCUGGCUCACCGAGAUGGGCCUCACCAGCAAGAGCAACCCGAGCCAGCAGGAGGUCGAUUCCUUUGUCCAGAAGGCCUUCACCUGGAUGCAGACCACCGGAAAGGUUGCCCGCGGCGUCUGGACCGGCAGCUUCCAGAUCAACAGCCCGCCCGACGGCUUCCUGAGCAACCUCGGCGCCUUUUUCAACGACGACGGCUCGCCCAGGAACCUGUUUAAGUGGUUCUCCAGCCAGCAAUUCCCGACCGGGUGGAGCAAGAGUCAGUGGUCCGAAAUCACUUCGUCGUCGUCGUCGUCGUCUUCGUCGUCUUCGUCAUCGUCAUCGUCCUCGCACUCGUCGAGCAGCAGCGACGAUGGCUCGGACAGCGGCAAGAUGGGCGUCUCGCGUCUGGCGCAGAGCAACAGCACCCAGACCAAGCACAAGGUCGUUGGCGCCGGCAAGGCGCACUCGCGCAAGCACAAGCACAAGGGCCACCACCACAAGGCGGGUGGCAAGGGCCAGGGCCGCAAGAGGUAG